GCUUGUGCGGCUGUGCCAGAUAAAAUCCCAACAUUUUCUCUUCUAUUUUCCCACCCAGGAAACUACAAGAAAGAGCAAGAAAUUGAGAAAAGAGCCAGAGAGACGAGACCCACAUUUUUCAUGGUAGAAUAUGAAACCCCACCUCUCAAAUGCCAUCGAUUCCAUUAGACUCCCAAAACCCUUAUACCCCUCUAAAACCCUUCUCUCCCACUGCCCACAUUUCUUAUCCUAUCACUCACCUUAUAAAACCCAUGUUUUUAGAACCAAAUUACGCUCCAAGAAUCUCUCAGUCCUUUUGGGCAAGCACAGGAAGCUCAGAAUUAGUGCUUGUAGCGCUUCAGGUUCCGGUUCGGACUCAGUUGUAGCAUCCACGAAGGCAGAGGAAGACGCUGAGUCUACUCAGCUAUUCGAGAAAUUGAAGGAUGCAGAGAGACAACGGAUAAAUAAGCUGGAAGAACUUGAGACCAAGGCCAAUAUGCAGCUAGAGAGACAGCUUGUCAUGGCUUCAGAUUGGAGCAGGGCCUUGCUGACUAUGCGUGGGAAGUUGAAAGGAACAGAGUGGGAUCCUGAGAACUCACACAAGAUUGACUUUAGUGAUUUCUGGAGACUUCUUAACUCUAACAACGUCCAGUUUGUGGAGUAUUCAAAUUAUGGUCAAACAAUGUCAGUGAUUCUACCAUACUACAAAGAUGGAAAAAUGGAAGGAACAGAAGGGAAUUCAAAGAAAGAUAUUGUUUUUCGGCGUCAUGUGGUGGACCGUAUGCCAAUUGACUGUUGGAAUGAUGUUUGGCACAAGUUGCAUCAGCAAAUAGUAAAUGUUGAUGUUUUUAAUGUGGACACAGUACCAGCAGAAGUUUACUCAACUGUUGCAACCACGGUCAUAUGGUCUAUGAGGCUUGCCCUAUCAAUCGCAUUGUAUCUCUGGAUUGAUAGCAUAAUGAGACCAAUUUAUGCAAGGUUAAUACCUUGUGAUUUGGGAACUCCUAGCAAAAAAACCAGGCAGCCACUCAGGCGCCGGGCACUUGGAUCAUUAGGCAAGAGUCGGGCAAAAUUUAUAUCAGCAGAAGAAUCUACAGGUGUUACAUUUGAUGAUUUUGCUGGCCAGGAAUAUAUAAAGAGGGAACUGCAGGAGAUUGUGCGAAUUUUAAAAAAUGAUGAAGAGUUCCAAGACAAGGGCAUUUAUAGCCCAAAAGGUGUACUUCUCUAUGGACCUCCUGGAACUGGUAAAACUCUGUUGGCUAAAGCUAUUGCUGGUGAAGCAGGACUUCCUUUCUUUGCUGCAAAUGGCACUGAUUUUGUCGAGAUGUUUGUAGGUGUGGCAGCAUCUCGUGUUAAGGAUCUUUUUGCUAGUGCCAGAUCAUUUGCACCUUCCAUUAUUUUUAUUGAUGAGAUAGAUGCUAUUGGUAGCAAGCGUGGUGGGCCUGACAUUGGUGGGGGUGGUGCAGAAAGGGAGCAAGGUCUGCUUCAAAUACUGACUGAAUUGGAUGGAUUUAAAGUUUCCACAUCACAGGUGCUAAUCAUAGGCGCAACAAAUAGACUGGAUAUUCUUGAUCCUGCUCUCCUGAGGAAGGGUCGUUUUGACAAGAUCAUAAGAGUUGGUUUGCCAUCAAAAGAUGGUAGAUUGGCCAUAUUAAAGGUGCAUGCUAGAAAUAAGUAUUUUAAUUCUGAGGAAGAAAAGGAGGCUCUCCUUCAGGAAAUUGCAGAGCUUACAGAAGAUUUUACUGGGGCAGAGUUGCAGAAUAUACUGAAUGAAGCUGGAAUUUUGACUGCCCGGAAGGAUUUGGACAACAUUGGACGAGAAGAGCUGCUAGAGGCUUUGAAAAGGCAAAAGGGCACAUUUGAAACGGGCCAAGAAGAUAGUAAAGAAAUUCCAGAUGAAUUAAAACUGAGAUUGGCAUACAGAGAAGCAGCAGUUGCCGUUCUUGCAUGCUAUUUCCCAGAUCCCUACCGCCCUUUCAGCAAGACUGAUAUAAAUUCCAUCCGUAGCCAGCCAAAUAUGCAGUAUACUGAAAAUCCAGGAAGAGUUUUCUCCAGAAAGUCAGAUUAUGUGAACUCAAUUGUGCGUGCAUGUGCUCCAAGAGUCAUUGAGGAGGAGAUGUUUGGGGUUGAUAACAUGUGCUGGAUCGCUUCAAAGGCUACAUUAGAAGCUUCAAAGCUUGCAGAAUUCUUGGUUCUGCAGACAGGAAUGACAGCAUUUGGGAAGGCAUACUACAGGAAGCAAGGUGAUCUUGUGCCAAAUCUUGCAGCCAAGCUUGAAGCACUUAGAGACGAAUACAUGCGUUAUGCCGUGGACAAAUGCUCAUCAGUAUUGAGAGAAUACCAUUCAGCAGUAGAGACAAUCACAGAUAUUUUACUUGAUAAGGGAGAGAUAACAGCUGCAGAAAUUUGGGACAUAUAUAAUAAGGCUCCACGAAUACAGCAGCCAGCUGUAAAUCAGGUUGAUGAAUAUGGAGCCCUAAUUUAUGCUGGGCGAUGGGGAAUCCAUGGGAUUACACUUCCUGGAAGGGUUACAUUUUCACCUGGAAAUGUUGGAUUUUCAACCUUUGGUGCACCCCGCCCAAUGGAGACCCAAAUCUUAAGUGAUGAAACUUGGAAGCUAAUAGAUGGUAUAUGGGAUAAAAGGGUUGAGGAAAUAAGAACUGAAGCUUCCAUGGAUGUCGAAGAAGACAAAGAAAAACCACAACUUUUAAUGGCCAGCCAUUUCCUCUGAAGGGUCAGUUGGUGAUUUCAAAGGCUAUAGCAUAGGUUCCCAGGUUCUGCUGUGAUCAGGGGGUGACCAGCCUACAUCACUCCAAUUGGGAGAGUAUGUUAUAAUUUGAGUGUUUGGCUGGUGUUUUUUGUUAUUCAACGAGGGUAUGCCAGACCUGAGAGAAGGCUUGAAGUUUGAUUCAUCCUCAAGGAUUCGAGCUGGAGUCCACCGUUGUUCACUAUGGUUAUAACUCUACGAUCCUGUGAGCUGUGAGAGAGUUUUAAAAGGGGGAACAAGAAUUUCAAUAUUUUGGCUGAUGAGUUUGAAGCGAACAAGUUUAUAGAUGAGAUAUCAAAGGAAAACAUCUAUUUCAGCAACUAGUAUUUAAGUAGUCGCUUCUUUGUAUUUUUCUUUUAUCUUUCUAAUCUCUUUAUGUAAAUUUUGGUGUUAGAGCAUUCCAAUUGAGCUCUUUAUAUA